AAGGUCGUCUGGCACAUCGUACGGACGGACGCGCCCCUGGUUCGACUCUUCUCCACGCCAUUUGGAGGAGGGCAUAUUCCACAAGAUGAGCUUGAGCUCUUAUGGCUCCUCACGCAGCGAUCUUCUCCAUGGAUGGUCCCGGGCAUUUAAAUCCGAUGCUGGAGCUCGCGGAGAGAUUGCAGCAGCAGCAUGGAUUCGCCAUCACAGUGCUCGCCUCGCCGCUGACAGACGCUGCCCCGCUCGCGCGAAAGCAUCCCAGCGUGAAGUUCGUGACAGUUCCAGUUCCGGAUGAUCUCCUUCGCCUCGCCUGCAUGGGUGAUUUGUUCCGGAUGGUGGAUUCCAUGCCAGGAGCAGUGGAAGAGGCCGUGCGCGAGCUGGAUCCUCCCGCGACGAUGGUGAUCGCGGAUGGAUUCGUGGGCUGGACGCAGGACGUUGCCGACAAGCUCGGGAUCGCGAGAGUGUUCUUCUGGACGGCGUCGGCGGCGUGCGAGAUCGUUUGCUCCAACAUCCUGGAGCUCAAGUCUCGAGGCUAUCUGCCAGUCAAGAGAAACUUGGAAGACGAGAGUGUCAUCGAUUUCCUGCCGGGGCUGACUGGCAUGACUCGAAAGGAUUUGCCGCUGGCCUUCUAUGACGACGACGUCUGCCUGGAUUUCAUUGGAAAAGCUUGCGCGAGGCGUCCAGAGGCGUUUUGCGUGCUCGCGAACACGUUCCAGGAGCUAGAACCAGUGGCCAUCGCCGCGAUGCGCGAGAGGAUGAGGUACUUUGCGAUUGGGCCACUGAUCCCUCGGGCUCUUCUCCGCGAAGCGCAGCUCCCCAGGGAGGAUUUGCGCGAUCACGACGAGCAUCUCGGCUGCAUGGAGUGGCUGGAUCGCCAGCUUCCGGCGUCGAUCCUCUACAUCGCGUUUGGGAGCGUCGCAGUGCUCUCCUUCCGCCAAGUGAAGGAGAUUCUCGACGCGCUGCAAGCUUCCAAUCAGGCGUUCUUGUGGAGCUUCCGGAAGAACUUUGUCGUGGAUGUUCCGGACAACGAUCACAAGGCCCUGGACGAGCUUCUAGAUCGAGCCAAGGCCAUGGAAUCCAGGCUCGUGUCGUGGGCUCCCCAGCUCCACGUCCUGCGGCACCCAGCGGUGGUGGGAUUCGUGACCCACUGCGGCUGGAACUCGACCAUGGAGGCGAUCAGCUCCGGCGUUCCAAUGCUCGCGUGGCCGCGCACGUCGGAGCAAAACAUGAACUCCAAGCGCAUGGUCGAGGAGUGGAAGAUCGCGCUGGGCGUGAACAACCAUGGCCAGGACACGGACGAUCCCCCGCGAGUGAUCCAGUCCCGGGAGAUCGCGAGGCUGAUCGAGGAGCUCAAUGGGGAAGAGGGCAAAUCGAUGAAGGAGAAUGUGUUGCGAUUGAGAGACGCGCUCCGGGCGGCGCAUGGACCCGGUGGAUCGGCGUGCGAGAGCUUGCGCGAAUUCGCAGAGUGUUUCGCGAAGAGCCGCUAGUCUACGCUAGUCAAACGCUCAGUCAAACUCUUACUCAAAACGCUUAGUCAAACGGUCAAUGUUAUUUAAA